GAGGCCGCGGUAUAGGUAGUUUAAACGUAUUUGGGUAUUUAGAUCUGCAAGCAAUCCAACGAAAUUUUCGACAUAUCACAUAUCACACGUCACUAUAUUAUGUAAAAUCCCUUUAAGAUCACGUGGUUUAUAUAAAAAAAAUGUCGGAUUGGUCGCAGACCUAAAGACCGAACCUGGGGCGCUAUUCUGUAAAAUUGUCGGUAUCGCUGUCGGUAACUUGCCGAUACCGACGAUUGUACAGAAUAGCGCCCCUGGCUAGUGAUUGUGGAAUUUUGUGGAAUUUGGGUAUGUUCGCCGUGGAAUAUAAGUUUGGACCAUUGGCAACGCUGGUGGCUGCACCCUGACUCUGAUCAAAGACCAGAUUCUGACAGAUUCUGAUUCUGCUCUAUUUACCUCUACCUGCCUCUAAACUCUAGCAGCUCUAUUCUAUUAUUCUAUAAGUUAAUUAUUCUAUAUUCCCGAUAUUCCCUGUCUUUAUCUAUAUGGUUUUGUGGUUAAUUAGGUUUGUUCAUUAUCAUCUAUAAUGAAAGUUAAUAUUCAAUUAAUAGAUGAAUUGAAGGGAAAAGGUAUUGUUGCUUUGGAAAACUUUCGGAAGGGAUCGUUAAUUUUUGAGGAAGAUCCAAUUGUAGCUUGUCAGUUUUCCUGGAAUGCUGCAUGCAAAUAUGAAGCUUGCAAUCAUUGCUUAAAGCCUUUAGAAACUGCCGAAGAAAAUGUAAGGCGUCUCACAGGUAAUACAAACUUAGUCUUACCUUAUCCUGAAUGUUCUACAAUUAGUAAAAGUGGUAUCGUGCAAUGUGUCUCUUGUGGAACGAAGUAUUGUUCUCAACAAUGCCAAGUUGAGUCCCUCAAUCAAUAUCACAAAGUAUUAUGUUUUAAUACACUGGAAAGAAAUAAUGGACACCCACUAGAACAGUUGGAAGAAACUUGGAAACAAGUGCAUUAUCCUCCAGAAACGUCUUCAAUAUUUCUUAUCGUUCGUUUACUAGCUAGAGUUAUACAAGCACCAAAUAAGGAAGAAUUUAUUUCCCAGAUAUUAAAUUUUUGUCAUAGAAGUAAAAAUGAAGAGAAAAAUUUAGCUCAUAAACUUUUAGGAGAAAAAUAUGCUGGUGAAAUAAAUUUACUACGAGAAUUAUUAGGCAAUGCAAUUCCAAAUGAAAAUAUUCAGGAGUUUUUAUCUCCAGAAGGAUUUCAAAGUCUUUUAGCAUUAUUAGGUACUAAUGGCCAAGGUGUUGGAACAAGCCCUUUUAGCGCAUGGCGUGAAAAUGUCCAUAAGAAAAAUUUAUCUUCAGAAGAACUACAAAAAGUCGAUGACUUUAUUGAUAAAAUUUAUGAAGACAUGUAUUCACAUACAGGUGAUUUUCUAAAUAGUGAAGGGGUUGCAUUAUAUGUUUUACAGAGCUGUGCAAACCACAGUUGUAUGCCGAAUGCAGAAAUAAGGUUCCUUCAUAAUAACUCCCGCCUAUCAUUAGUAGCCCUGGAAGAUAUUGAACCAAAUGAGGAAAUAUGUAUUAGCUAUCUUGACGAGUGUGCCUUAGAAAGAUCGAGACAUUCAAGAAGAAAGUUGUUACAAGAAAAUUACCUUUUUGCCUGUGAAUGUCCAAAGUGUAUUUCACAAAUUGAUGAUCCAGAUAUUACAAGUGAUGAAGAAAUGUCAGAAUGUGAUAGCGAAUAACAUACAUACAUGCUAUACAAUUAAUCAUGUUAUUAAUAAUUAUACAUGUAUGUAAAUAAAAUAAAAUCUUUCUAUAAAUUA